UGUGGUUGAAUGGCACAGCACGAUACUUAUCGUUCGAAGUGCACGCCAAUAUUCCAUCAUUAGUCAGAGAACAGUGGCACUCCAGUGCGGAAGCAUGGCAAAGUAUGGCGUACUGACACUCCUGAUCACGGGCGCUCUCGUCGGGCUGGUGGAUGCUCGCUACAGUCAUGUGGCCUGUCAGGUGGUGGAGAACAAGUGGUGUACCGUGCAGCGUCUCCGCAUCAGUGCCCGGACGGACGUGCGUGGCCUAGUGUUCCCGGACGAUCGGUACGAGAAGAUCCGCAUUGGCCAGUACUACGACUUCGUCAACACCGACAGCACGAUCGUGAUCUUCUCCGGGGAACUGUUCUAUCGGAUGCGGCGCGUGCGCUACCUGCAGAUGAACGGUGUCCGGAUGGUUGGGCUCGACAUGCCCGACACCGUCAUCGAGCUGGACGUGGCCGACAACUGGCUGUCGCGGGUGUACAUCGACCCGGACCGUAGUUACGCCCUGCGGAAGCUGAUCAUGCGCAACAAUCACCUGACGAGCAUUAGCAGCUUCAAGUAUCUCAACAUGCUGGAGGAGCUCGACCUGAGCGAUAAUUUGCUGCAUGCGGUCAACUUUGACGUGUUCUCGUUCAUGCCGUACAUCCGUGUGCUGAACCUGGCACGGAACCGAAUUUUCAGUGCCACCGCUGGCCAAGGCGUCAUCUCGCUCGGUUACCUGGAGGAGGCGAACCUGGCGGAAAACCAGUUGACCAAGCUGGACGUCGGUGUUUGGCUGUUUCCGUCGCUCCGCAUGCUAAACCUCACCGGCAAUCCCAUCAAGCGCCUGAACCUCUCCAGCCAACAGUCAUUUCCGCGAUUGAAGAUUGUUCUACUGUGAACUGUAAGUAAGUAAGUAAGUGCCGCGUGUGGCCGCUGUUGGGUGUGGAACUCGCAUUGCCGUUAUAUAUAGUCGCUCGCAUUAGCCACCAAGGCGUUGAAGAUGAUAUGAUAAUAAAAAAAGAAAGUAAAAA